AUGGUUGUAUCAGAGAUUAAAUCCCCGUUGACGCCUGGAGGUUGUUCCAGCUCUUCAGUGCAUAGGAAGGAGUUGAGUGUGUUCUUCUUGGAAUCAGAUAACAGACGUCUUGCUCUUGGCCGUGGCUAUACUGGAGGUACCACUCCUGUUAACAUCCAUGGCAAACCCAUCGCCAAUCUUUCCAAAACCGGUGGUUGGAUCGCAGCUCUCUUCAUUUUUGGAAAUGAAAUGGCAGAGAGAAUGGCUUACUUCGGACUAUCUGUGAACAUGGUGGCUUUCAUGUUUUACGUGAUGCAUAGACCUUUUGAGAGUUCUUCAAACGCAGUCAAUAACUUCCUUGGCAUCUCUCAGGCCUCCUCUGUUCUUGGAGGUUUCUUGGCUGACGCAUACUUGGGUCGUUACUGGACUAUUGCCAUUUUCACUACCAUGUAUCUUGUGGGGUUGAUAGGAAUAACACUAGGGGCAAGUUUGAAGAUGUUCGUACCAGACCAGAGCAACUGUGACCAGUUAUCAUUGCUCUUAGGAAACUGCCAACCAGCCAAAUCUUGGCAAAUGCUUUACCUCUACACGGUUCUCUACAUAACCGGAUUCGGUGCUGCUGGUAUAAGGCCAUGUGUUUCCUCAUUUGGUGCAGACCAGUUUGAUGAGAAGAGCAAAGACUAUAAGACACAUUUAGACCGAUUCUUCAACUUCUUCUAUUUGUCUGUCACUUUAGGCGCAAUCAUUGCCUUCACUUUGGUAGUGUAUGUUCAGAUGGAACAUGGUUGGGGUAUGGCUUUUGGCACAUUGGCCAUAGCUAUGGCCAUUUCUAAUGCUUUGUUUUUUGCUGGCACACCGCUUUAUCGGCAUAGGUUGCCUGGUGGUAGUCCCUUGACAAGGGUUGCUCAGGUACUAGUUGCUGCUUUUCGCAAACGACGUGCAGCUUUUACAAGCAGCGAGUUCAUCGGUCUCUACGAGGUUCCAGGCUUGAAGUCUGCUAUUAAUGGCAGUCGCAAAAUCCCUCAUACAGAAGAUUUCAGAUGGCUAGACAAGGCGGCACUUCAGCUGAAAGAAGAUGGACUAGAGCCGUCUCCGUGGAAGCUAUGUACAGUAACACAAGUGGAGGAAGUGAAGAUUUUGAUAAGACUGAUUCCAAUACCAGCAUGUACUGUGAUGCUGAGUCUUGUCCUCACAGAGUAUCUAACACUCUCAGUGCAACAAGCUUAUACACUCAACACACACAUUCAACACCUCAAGCUUCCGGUGACAUGCAUGCCUGUCUUUCCAGGACUCAGCAUUUUCCUCAUUCUCUCCCUUUAUUACUCUGUCUUCGUCCCUAUCACCAGAAGAAUCACUGGCAACCCCCAUGGCGCUUCCCAGCUUCAAAGGGUGGGGAUAGGGCUAGCAGUUUCAAUCAUAUCAGUAGCUUGGGCUGGACUGUUUGAGAACUACAGGAGACAUUACGCGAUACAACAUGAUUUCGAGUUCAACUUUUUGACCCAAAUGCCUGAUCUAACAGCAUACUGGUUGUUAAUCCAGUACUGUCUCAUCGGUAUAGCAGAGGUUUUCUGCAUCGUUGGACUACUAGAGUUCCUUUACGAGGAAGCACCUGAUGCUAUGAAGAGUAUUGGUUCAGCUUACGCUGCGCUAGCUGGGGGGUUAGGGUGUUUUGCAGCCACCAUCUUGAACAACAUAGUGAAGGCAGCGACUAGAAACUCAGAUGGGAACUCGUGGUUAUCGCAGAACAUUAACACUGGGAGAUUCGAUUAUUUGUACUGGCUGCUCACGCUUCUGAGCCUUUUGAACUUCUGUGUUUUCCUUUGGUCAGCUCAUAGGUACAAGUACAGAGCUGUUGAAACUGAGGAAGACAAGAGCAGAGCAUCUUUUUAA